UGUUGGAUCUAUAGCAAUCUAUAGUCAUUGCGCAACGUUACUCGUUUAUAAGCUGGCCUAUGCCAACUACUAUAGUUGCAAAUCCGAAGAAAUGGCGACUCGUCUGCUUAAAGUUAGCUCCGCUUUGCGGACGUGCACUAAUAAAACCAGCCUUGUAAAGGUACAAAAGCAAUGGCAAUCUACAGCAUCAUCUUUAAAGGAGAUACUUAUCAAUCAACCUGCAACAAAAGUUACAACUUUAGACUGCGGUAUGAGAGUAGCCAGUGAAGAUAGUGGAUCUCCAACAGCCACUGUUGGGAUAUGGAUUGAUGCUGGCAGUCGUUUUGAAACUGAUGAAACCAAUGGAGUUGCUCAUUUUAUGGAACACAUGGCUUUCAAAGGAACUUCAAAACGCUCUCAAACUGACCUAGAGUUGGAAAUAGAAAACAUGGGAGCUCAGUUGAAUGCUUACACAAGCAGAGAACAAACAAUAUUUUAUGCUAGAUCUUUGGCAGAAGAUAUUCCAAAGACCAUUGAAAUUUUGAGUGACAUCAUUCAGAAUUCAAAACUGGGUGAAAGUGAAAUUGAAAGAGAACGUGGUGUUAUUUUAAGAGAAAUGCAGGAGGUUGAAACAAAUCUGCAAGAAGUUGUUCUUGAUCAUUUACAUGCAAGCGCAUAUCAAGGCACACCUUUGGGAAGAACAAUUCUUGGUCCAACUCAGAAUAUUAAAAGUAUUACACGAAAAGAUCUUCUUGAGUAUGUUAGGACACACUAUGGUCCACCUAGGUUUGUUUUAGCUGGUGCAGGUGGUGUAGAUCAUAAUGCUCUGGUAGAUCUGGCUCAGAAACAUUUUGGUCAAAUGAAAGGACCGGUCUAUGAUGAAAUUCCACCUCCCCUUGUACCGUGUCGUUACACGGGAUCUGAAAUAAGAGUUCGCGAUGAUAAUAUUCCCCAUGCACAUAUUGCCAUUGCUGUUGAAGGUGCUGCAUGGUCUGAUGCUGAUACCAUUCCUCUUAUGGUUGCCAAUACUCUUAUGGGAGCAUGGGAUCGCAGCCAAGGAGGAGGUUUAAAUAAUGCGAGCUAUUUGGCUCAAGCUGCUGCAGCUGGGCUAGCCCACAGUUUUCUAAGUUUUAAUACUUGCUACAAAGACACAGGACUUUGGGGUGUAUAUUUCGUUUGCGAUCCCAUGUCAAUAGAGGAUUUUUUACACUGUAUACAAACUGAAUGGAUGAAAUUAUGUAUAUCAGUUACAGAGAAAGAAGUAGAACGCGCAAAAAAUAGUCUUAAAACAAAUAUGCUUCUUCAGUUGGAUGGAACUAGUGCAAUUUGUGAAGACAUUGGCCGACAGAUGCUUUGUUACAAUCGACGUAUACCUCUUCAUGAACUUGAAGCUAGAAUAGAUGGCGUAACUGCUUCAAAUAUUCAUGAUGUUUGCAUGAAAUACAUUUACGAUCAGUGUCCAGUUGUUGCAGCCGUUGGACCAGUAGAAAAUCUACCCGAUUAUACCCUAAUUCGUGCCGGCAUGUACAGAUUGCGAGUAUAAAUAUAUUUCUUCAAAAAAAUUUAGGGCGAGUCGCCAACAGCAUCACUAGCUAAAAUUAAUAUUCAUGAUUAUUAAAUCUAUAAUAUAUAAAACAAA